AGUCAACACGUGUGGUGUAAAGUUAAAUACUUUAUUUUACAGUUAUUUCAGCUGAAUAUCACGUGGUUACAUGUAUUUGGUAAAGUAUAGGAAAAGAUAGAUAGUAGUGCUCCAAACUGUAGGUGGCGACGCGAUCAAUAUCCUAGCUUCCUUCUGGAUCUCACAGGACUAAAACUUCCUGGAGUUUAUCGAAAAUCUCACUUCCGAUCUUCUCAACGCCAGGCUUCUCAGAAGAGAAAUAUCCAGUCGAGUAUAAUUCACAAAUUAAUCUCAAUGGGUGUAAAAAUAGCUCUACAUAGCGGUGUAAGGUCGGUUACAACCAAAAAUAUUAGUCAGAAAAUGGUGUUUUCGCUGUUAGCGCGGAUGUAUGAGCUAGCUAGUUAAAGGCUAAACACUCGUAACACUUACUAACUACACUCAACAUCUUCAUUAAAUGUCAUAACUCACGAAAAUGAAAGCUCCUGUUUUACUUCUAUUCCUUUUGCUCGCAAAAGGUGUGUUUACUGAUAUUGUGAAGUCAGUGAUGGAGGGAGAUUCUGUCACGCUUCACACUGAUCUUACUGAUUUACAGAAAUAUGAACGUAUAGUGUGGGUAUUUGGACUUGGCCACACUCGUAUAGCUCAGAUCAACACUGUAGUCAAUAAGAUCUCAGUAUACAAUGAUGUUCUUGAUGGGAAAUCCAGAGACAGGCUGCAGCUGGAUGAUCUGACUGGAUCUCUGACCAUCACAGACACCAAAACUGAAGACUCUGGACUUUAUGAACUGCAGACCAUUGGUGGAAAAGAGGUCCCGCCAAAGACGUUCAGUGUUAUAGUUUCUGGUCCUCUGCCCAUUCCUGUCAUCACCAGAAACUCUUCUCAGUGUCCUUCAUCUUCAUCAUAUUGUUCAGUGGUGUGUUCAGUGGUGAAUGUGGGUCAUGUGACUCUCUCCUGGUACAAAGGAAACAGUUUAUUGUCCAGCAUCAGUGUGUCUGAUCUCAGCAUCAGUCUCUCUCUACCUCUGGAGGUGGAAUAUCAGGAGAAAAACAGCUACAGCUGUGUGAUCAACAAUCCCAUCAGAAACCAGACCACACAUCUGGACAUCAGCAAACUCUGUCAGCCAUGUUCAGCACAAGGACUGUCUGUAGGUGUUAUAGCGGGGAUAUGUGUUGGUCUUCUGCUGGUAGCUGGGGGACCUGGGGUUUACUGUUGCUACAAAAAGUUUGCAAAAGGAAAUGAUCAGACAACUACGCAUCAAGCUAUUCCUCUAGAAAAUGACCCUGUUUCUUCCACGGCACCGUGUCUACCGCGCCGUGACACUAAUAACCCAAAUAAUGGUCAAGCUCUUUUGGAAGUAGCUAAUAACCCAAAUAAUGCAAAUAAGGAAAUUCCUGAUCAGGAGAAAGAUUUACCUGACGGUCCGGAAGAAUCUGGUCCACUUAUUGAUGAUGAGGAAAUUCUUGAUCAGGGGAGAGAUCUCCCAGGUGGUCUGGAAGAAUCUGAUCCACUUCAUGAUAUGUUCCAUUCCGAACCAGAUCAAGUGAAGAAAAUAAAAGUAAAACAAGGAGAUACUGUCACUCUAAAGAGUGGUGUUACUGAGAUACAGAUACAUGAUCGGCUACGGUGGAAAUAUGCUGAUUCCAGAGCUUCUGAAUCCACAACCUUGUAUAGUGUCAUCGCUGUAUACGAUAAAAGGAGUGACAAGAUCUUUGAAAGGGAAGGUCCUGGAGGGAAAUUCAAAGACAGGCUACAGCUGGACCACCAGACUGGAAAUCUCACCAUCAAGAACAUGAGAGUCAAAGACAGUGGGCUAUUUAAAUUAGAGAUCAAGAGCGACACCAAUCCACUUACAAAAACAAUCAAAGUCAAUGUCCGUGUUCCUACAAAAAUGGUAUUGGAUGAUCCAAAUGACACAUUGUUGUCAUUGAUACCAGAAGAGGACCCCAACGACACUUCUACAUAUAGUGUAGAGUCGGGGAUAUAGAUGAGGACUCAAAGACCAUGUUUUAAAUGGUUGAGAUGAUAUUCAUCAAGUGCAGUAUGUAAUCUGACAGUGUGCAAAAACAGGUGCAUGUUAUGUGUUGAGGAGCUAAAGGUUUUCUUUGGCAUUACUAGGACAACAUACUUCUUAGCUGAAGUAUAUUAUGUAAAAUAAUAUUUUGUAGAUAGCUUUAUUUCCUUUUAAAUGUUAAAAAAAAAUAUUUUAUUAUUUUACUGCACGUUGGCUGCUUAACUCCUCUUUCAUAUUUUGGGAUUCUGUAAAACACAAGUUUAAAGAACACUAACAGUUGGUUUACAGUGCUAUGAGACUCUCUCCAAAGGAUUCAUUUAACACUAUUUGAUGUUAUAUUUCUUUCAUUAUUUUUUCUGUACAGUUAUUUUGAAUCAUUUUUGUUACACAAGAGUCCACCUUAAAUAUUAUUCCAAAAAUUAAUUAAGUAACCAAGCACAAAUAAAUGAUAUAUGUAUUGUAAAACAUGGCUAUUCAUUAAUUGUCAAUUAAAAUAGCAAAGCUACUAUUAUUUGGUUAGACUCUGAUACGUUAUAAUAAAACUACUCAUGCGCUCUUAUAGUAUGGUGCUAAAGACAUAAAAUAUAAUUUCAAUAAACUGCAACUUUAAAUAUGCAAAUCUCUGAGCCAAAAUGUUUUUGGCCAAAGCAUUUAUUAACCUCAUAUUGUACAUAAAUGGUACCAGGGUCAGUUUUUAUGUUACAUGUUGACAUUAACUUGUAAUGUGAAGAUGUUGUGAUAUAGUGAGUUUUUCGUAUGGAGUCCAGUGUUUAUAUAUAUUAUGUGAUAUCUGAGAUGCUCUUUGUUAAAUCACUGUGAAAACACUAAGAAUUAUGAGAUAUUAAAUAUAUUUUUGUGACUAAUAAAACUUGACUUAUGAAAUGUUGUGUGCUUGUAAUCCCUCAUGUUGAUUAAUACAGAAAAUGUACUUCCCGGUCAGCUGGUCAUUAUCCCCAACUAAACCCUGACAAGGUAUUAGUGAAGUGAAAUCUUCCAAAUAUACAAUAACUAUCGAGAAGCAUUCCUCUCAGUCCCAAAUUAAUUUGGAUGACUGUAAUUUAAAAAGGCCUACAUCGAAAAAUGAAAUGCAUUUACUCCUCAUCAUUAUUCCAAACCAGGGUUGUUUCAAGUGUUUGACACAUUCUUCUUUUGUGUUUCAGGAUUAUGAAAACUGUACAGUGAUUCAUGUACUCAUAUUUUUUGUAGCCCUUUCCCUCUCUCAGUUGUACAUUUGUCUUUUCAUAAGCAAUUUUCAAGCAUUUUCAUUUGUAAGCAAAUCUGUGUCAUUUCAGAAAUAAAUUCUGAUCUGUGACCAUA